AUGACGGCCGUCAGCCGUCGCCAUGUCGCCGCCGGCGAUGCCACCAGCUUGCUGCAAUUCGCAGGGAGCUGUAUCCGGGCUCUUACUGACAUCGCGGAAUCUAUCCGCAACGCUUAUCUCGCCGCCAUGUUCAGUGUUCCUGACGGAGGACCUGCCCACGUCCAGCUGGCACGAUUUACCAGAGCAUUCAUCUUGAAGAUGAGCCCUUUUGUUGACGCCAUAGUUGCUCCGUAUUUCUGCCGCAGCACCGACGACGGUGAGAGUGAGAUCAUUGUCGUUGCUGAUGGAGCACCGUCACCGACAGCAGCUGAGAAGCUCCAGCCACUGCUAGGCGAGCUGGACGAGGCGAUAUGGAGCACCCGUCUUCUGCCGUCCACGGAGCCAGAGGAUGAUGGCUCGUGGUGGGGUGCUCAUGUUCUGCGAGGAUCAUUACCGGAGGUUCAUCAAGUCACUCGGGCUGUUGUAAGCUACAUCAGUUUGCUGUCGGACAAUUGCACAACAGUACAUCGGAUUGUCGGACAAUUUGCAGCAAGAUUCCCUGGGUAUGUGCCUACAAUUGACAGCAUGAGCCCCCUGAACAGCCUUAUCAUGGAGACGGUGUCAAGUCUGAAUGAAAAGCUCGCUGAGAAAUCUCGAUCGUUCCGGGAGCAGGGCUUAAGGUUCCUAUUCUUGAUCAACAACUCCUACUUCAUAUGGCAGCACCUCUAUCCAACAAUUUUGGUUCCGGAGAUCAACAAAUUCCUCAAUGGAAAAAUCGACAACUAUGUCCAAACAUAUCUCCAAGUGUCCUGGGAACCGAAAACCUACAAUGGCCAGAAGUUUUGGAAGGUCUCAGACCCUAAGCUGAGGAGAAGGCUGCGGGUAGCUAUUAUUGAGAAAGUCGUUUCAAGCUUUACAAAAUACUUGGAGUACAAUGAUAUCAGCCCCUCAAGGAUCACUCCCCAUGAUCUCAUGGACAUGUUGCAAGAGCUAUUCGAAGGGUAA